GUCAGAUCAUAGUUUGCUUCCAGAGAUAAACACGUUCCAGGGGCUGCCAUUGCUCAUGUAGUCAGACUUGAUCAGAUUAUACGUUUCCCUGUUUUAAAUGAUAUCAUAUAAUUUGUUAGGGGGCGCAGGGACGAACUCAAGGAGAGGAUACGCGCUCUUGGAGAGUGCGCGAGUUUGCUGCCCAAGUUUGGAGACCAGACGCCGGCUGGAGAGCGCCCGGUGCGCGCUUUAAUUACAACCACACCGAGGCGAUUAUUAAGAGGAUCUGAAGAUGAAUGGCACGGACAUAUUUUGCAAAAACAACCAAACAGAGAACUUGACAGACACGUCAUGUCUGAACUCAGCUCCCUCACCUUACAGCUACAUCGACAUCACCACUUUCAUGCACAUAUUCCCUUCAAUUUAUGGCAUCCUGUGUUCAGUUGGAGUUAUAGCCAAUGGACUGGUCAUAUACGCCGUGAAAGCAUGCAAGAAGAAAAUGGUAUCAGACAUCUACGUGCUGAACUUGGCAAUAGCCGACAUGUUGUUUUUGCUUGUGAUGCCCUUCAACAUUCACCAGCUGGUCAGAGACAGACAGUGGGUCUUCGGAAACUUUAUGUGUAAAGCGGUUGUGGUGGUGGAUGUCAGCAACCAGUUUACCACAGUGGGAAUUGUUACUGUGUUGUGCAUUGAUCGGUACAUAGCUAUUGUCCACCCCACCUCAGAGAAGAGGACCAUCCAGUGGACCAUCAUCAUCAACCUGCUGGUGUGGCUGGGCAGCUUGCUCCUCACUGUCCCGGUCAUGAUGUACGCCAAGGUUGUGCGCAGACAGCAUUUGGAGGUGUGCAUGAUGUACCUGGAUGGGCCCGAGGACAUGUACUGGUACACUCUCUACCAGUCUAUCCUGGGCUUCAUCAUCCCUCUCAUCAUCAUCAGCACCUUCUACUCACUCACCCUCUACCACGUCUUCAGCUCCAUCCGUCGCGUCAAACGUAAGCAGUCUGUUUGGGCUAAAAGAGCCACCAAGAUGGUCCUCAUGGUCAUCGCCCUGUUCCUGAUCUGCUGGUCGCCCUACCAUGUCAUUCAGGUGAUCAAUCUGAGCAACAACACCCCGACUAUUGCCUUCAUCUAUGCCUACAACAUCAGUAUCUGCCUCAGCUACUCCCACAGCUGCAUCAACCCGCUCAUGUUGCUCAUCUUCGCCCAGAAUUACCGCGAGCGUCUUUGCCACAGAAACGCGCUGCACAGCUCCCAGCUCUCAUCUAAGACCACGGUGGUCAAAACGGACGGUUCAAGUACGACCAAUGAUCCCAACUCCCGCUGUACUGUCAUCUAAUCAGAAAGAUGUCCUUUUGUACACAUGUAAAUGUUUUGCUGCUGGCCUCAAAAGGAAGUAGCUUGAUGAAUGAUGCUGAAAUUGACACCAUACAAAAAACUGGGUGUGAAGCUUGAGCAUCAAUGUCAGCCCUGACUGACUGAAAAAAAACAAAGGCAAUGUCAAAGGUUUUCCACAUAUACAGUGCAAUACUCACUCACUCACUCACUCACUCACUCACAGUCACAGUCACAUAUAAUCAUGCCCAAAAAUAUCAACCACCUCCCUUUGCUGGUGAAGCCAACUGCCGAUCAAACUCUCUGCCCUGCAAGACGGGCGGCUUUUCCCCGUAAAGUUGACCUACUCCCUCGUUACUUAUCCUUGCUGGAUGAAUCUCCAUUUCACACAUCUACCCUUGCCUGAUGACCUACACUCACACUUAUACACCCACACUCAUUAUGAUAAUGAUUAUUAUUAUUAUUUCAAGUUAUUCAUGGUAAUAUUCUUAUUGUUAUUAUUAUUAACAUAAUAUGUGUUUAUCUAUCCAGCGCUUUCCCUCCUGUUAUUGUUAUUGUUGUUAUCAUUAUUAGAUUAGAUGACAUGACAAUGAUUAUUAUCAUUAUUAUUAUUAUUUAGUCUUGUUAUUUAUGUUAAAACAAAAUGUCUCCUCUUACAACUUGGGCACAGCCAAGCACUCAUACACAUCCACACGCACACACCUUAGGUUUCACACACGCGCUUAAGAUCAACCCACUUGCUCACUCUUUCAUCUGCUCAUUCAUUUACUUACAUAAUUUUCUUCUCUACGCCUACUUAUUUAUUUAUUUAUAUACUCAUCCCAAUUUCUCCUGUCUUCAUUUAUUGUCAAAAUUGUCUGUAAUUUCCGUUCUUAUCCUUUUAUUGAAUGAUUUAUCUCCUCUCCCCCUCCCAGUUACGGUUAAUGAAGUUUCAGGGAAUCGAAUCACCAGUGCCGAUGAUGAGGCAGCACCUCUGGCUGUGGGAGUUGUGGUAGUCUUGAGGGGAGUUACAGGGCAGGCUGAGGGCAAGGACUGGGUCCACUGGAUUAAAAAUACACUUAAAAAUACCUCACUGUCCCGACAGAGCCGGCUCACUCCUGAGGGUUUGGCGCCAUAGGUAUCUGCAGUGGGCCAGCACCCUCCCAAAGGUCUGGGAGCGGCCCUUAGCAGAUAACCAUAUAUAAUUGUGUGACUAGCAGGCCCAACCAGCCAGCCUCUGAUGCCCAGAGUUGCCAAUUUCAAUGUUGCUGUAACACUUAUUUAGUUUAGAUUAUCAUUGUUUUUAGUUAUUUACUCAGUCUUCCUUCUCUCUUCUGUCUUUUCUCUUUCAGUUAUAGAUACACACACACUCAUACACAUACGCACGUGCAUAACCAGUCGUAGCAAAGGUAACUGGCUUGCAUAUAUCAUCAUUAUCAUCAUCAUCAUCAAUAUCAUAAUAUCUAUUAUUUUCUUUUCUUAUUUGAUUUCUUUUUCAUUUGAUUUUAUUCAUAAUUCAUAUUUUGGGGGGGGGUUGAUGUUUUGUCAUGUUUCCUCCCUUUGAGUGUACACAUUAUGAUAUGUGUUGCUUGUAAACCUUUUCCCUCCGUCUGUAUUUUAUGUCUCUACCCCUGUCUGUGUUUAUGUACUGUCACUUUACACAAAAAAAAGAAAAACAACAACAAAAUAAAGGUUUUCAACAGAGAAUCUGAGGAAAAAGAAACUACUUCUACCGCUCAGAGGAAGGUGAGCAUGCUAAAAAGGAAAGCAACUGUCUCUGAGCCCAAACUGGAGGGAAUAUCAGUACUGACUUUCAAAGAUGCACAGAUGAAAAGGGACUCUGAGGAGCGACUCGGGUGUGGCUCUUUUUUCUUUUGGACUGGGAGCUUUCAUUAACCUUUAUCAACCGCAGGCUACGUCCAAUGUCAUGCUGGUCAGUGACAACACUGAAGUGCAGCUUGUGAGAUCUGUCACUGGCAAAUGUUAGCUUGUUCAAGUGUGAAAUGUUUUAGAUGAAGUUUUACUCUAGCUGUCUAAUUAUUAGCCAGCUUGAUGUUGAUGGAACAUUUUAGCACGACACAUUGUGUGUCUUCAAUCGGAAUACUUUCUAAUAAGGAACCCUUCAUAAAGGGCUUAUAAGUUGUAACCAAUGGCUUUAUUAACGGCUGAUAAAUAAUGUACUAAUGCUAAUCCAUUCAUAAAUUCUUAAGGCUUUCUCACUUUCUAAUUAGCCAACAAGUCUGCAGUUAUUAAUGAUAAUAAGUUGUUAAUAAAUAGAUUUUGGUCCAGAUUGUCUGCCAAACUAGUCAGAGGUAGUUCAAAACCUGACAACUCAAAAUUUGUUCUUAUUAAUGGCUCAUAACUGUUCUAUAUAAAAAAUGUGUAAAUUAUUUAUUAACCAUUAAUAAAGCCAUUAGUUAAAACAUAUAAAGCCUUUUAUCCCAGGUAUCAAAUAAGUAAUUGUUUGGAAGAUGAAAGAAAUAGAAAGCACUUGUGAAAAAAAUGUGGCAAUUUAAUGGCAGUCAAACAUUGGAGAAACACUUCACAGCUGUUACAAACAGAAGCAAAUGUGUCAUAUUAAUUUGGUUUUGUAAGUCUCAUGACAGCUCAGUCAGCAUGUUAAAAGUUUGUUACUAACAUAACUGCAUAUUGCUGACUGUUGCCAAUGUAAGUACUGUAUCUCAUGAGUAUGUGCUAAUGGCUACAGAAUGGAUGACACAUGCUGUACGGUUAGCACACUGUUUGAUGAAACAUGUUUGUCAUAAAUACAGUUUUUAAAAAGGAAUACUGGUUGCUCAUCAUGAGCACAGAUUCAACGUCUGUUAUUUUGCUAUUGCUACACUCAGUAGAACAGCGCAUUUCUGUUUGAUUUAGACUCUAAUUGCUGGAAAAUGCAGCGUAAAACACCAGUGACUGCUUUACACCCAAUGUCUCACCAAAAUAAAGACAAACAAGUAUCUUUCAGAUUGUCAAGAUAGGCCUACGGUGGGGCAGUUGAUCCCAGUGGAUGUAUUACUAUCUUUAUGGACUGGUUUUUAAAUAAUAUACAUCAGACAUUCA